GUAUUGUUAUAUUGAAGAUAUUAUUUACUUAUCUCUCAAUUCUUGUUUCAAUUGAACAUACUUGUUCAAUAAUUAACACUGUAAUUCGUGCAUUAUGGAAUCUUUUCUUCCGAUAAAUAUGAUAAUGGGAGAUAUAUUGGAGCCUGAAAUGGAGAAACUUGCUGAAUAUCUUCAAGUGGAAUUUAAUAAAUUUUAUAAUGAGGCCACAGUUAAAGUGGUAAAUUGUCCUGACUUGAGAAAGGCUCCUUUCCAUCUUGUUGCGCCAGGAUUAUGUGGUAACACGGCGCUUCUAGAAGUUGGUAGUCUUUCGAAUUUAUUUCCAUUUCCGCGAAUGGAAAAAAAGUACGAUUUCAUAAGCUUUUUAGAGACCAGUGGCCGUUCUAACGAUGAUAAUUUCAUCAUCGGAGCAAGUCUUUAUCCAUCGUCUAAUGGCCACAUGGGCGAGCUUAUUAUGAAUGCAAGCUUCUCGCCGUUAGACGAAGAAGGAAUGAGAGUUAAAAAUAGGAGCUACGUUGCAUUUUUAGCACAGGAUCAUACAGGAGAAAAUGUAAAAUUAGAUAUAUUAAAUGACUACAAUCGUGUAAAAUGCUUCCUACAUGGCAAUUUCUUUAUCAGCGAAGGCAAACCAGGAAGAGUUCUUGAAAUACAUGCUAAGGCACGUCGUGAAGAUAAGGAAUUAACAAAAGUAAUACAACAUACGCUUCAAAAGUAUUAUGAAGCCACAUCAACACUUGUCGGUCUAGGUGGUACAUUUGUAGUGCAUAACGGUCUAGUGCGACACCACCUUAUGCCAGAUAUUGGGCAGAUAUCAUUAGAAAAUUGCUCUGAUGAAAGCAGAAUUCGUAAUUGGGUUAAGACCCGUAUACUAACGACGCCUUUGGUUGCAGUUGGCACAAUUGUUAACAAAUCUUCUUUUCCUGUUGUACUUACAAAUUCAAAACUUCAAACAGAUUUACAACUCACUACAAAUCAUUUUCAUAGCUUUUCCUUUGAACCACUAGUAGGCGGACAUUAUUAUACAAAUGUAGAAUAUGGAAACUCUGCAGAAUAUUUAGGAUACUUUUGUCCAGCAAAAAAGCUAUAUCGUCUGGAUAAUGACGAAAUCUGUCAUAUACCUGUAAUAAGAGAAUUUUAGGAUUUACAUAAGCCAUAGAUGUUA